CUAGCCUGUCCCGUGGCCGGGAGAUGGGUGCUGUCUCUGACUGCGUGGACUUGGGUGCGGCCUGUAGAUCCGCGCGCCCCGAGCCCCCUCCCACCCGCUUCCACCAGGUGCACGGUGCCAACAUCCGCGUGGACCCCUCCGGGACGCGGGCCACACGCGUGGAGAGUUUCGCUCACGGCGUAUGCUUCAGUCGCGAGCCGCUGGCCCCGGGCCAGGUAUUCCUGGUCGAGAUCGAGGAGAAAGAGCUGGGCUGGUGCGGGCACCUGCGCCUCGGACUGACCGCGCUGGACCCCGCCACUCUGGCUGCCGUGCCCGAGUUUUCGCUGCCCGACCUGGUCAGCCUCGGCCACACCUGGGUCUUCGCCAUCACGCGCCAUCACAACCGCGUGCCCCGGGAGGACCGCCCGGAGGCAGAGGCAUUGGCCCCCAGCCGCCCCCCAGCUCUCCUGGUGGAACCAUAUGUGUGCAUUGAGCAGUUUCGCAUUCCCCGCGACCGCCUAGUGGGUCGCAGCCGGCCCGGGCUCUACAGCCACCUCUUGGAUCAGCUGUAUGAGCUGAACGUGCUGCCUCCGACCGCGCGCCGCAGCCGCCUGGGCGUUCUUUUCUGCCCGCAACCGGACGGCACGGCCGACAUGCACAUCGUCAUCAACGGCGAGGACAUGGGCCCCAGCGCCCGGGGGCUGCCAGCAGCCCGGCCCCUCUACGCAGUGGUGGACGUGUUUGCCUCCACCAAGAGCGUGCGCCUGGUCCAGCUCGAGUAUGGCUUGCCAUCCCUGCAGACUCUGUGCCGCCUAGUCAUCCAGAAGAGCGUGGUACACCGGUUGGCCAUUGAUGGGCUCCACCUGCCGAAAGGACUUAAGGAUUUCUGCAAGUACGAGUAAAGGCCUGCAGCCGCCCUGAAACAGGGCCACAGGAGCGUGGCCUGGCCCUGGAGCUGUGGCUGGUCUGAAGCUGGCCAUACUGCUGCCAGCCAGGCCUGGAAAUAAACACAGCCGAUGC